CACACCUGUCAACCACUGCAAAUCUAGAGGGUGACAAUGGAGAAAAGUAUUUAAAUGUGUUCCCUAGAGGAUAAAAAACCCAUGGUGUGGUUGUACUGUGUGCUGGCAGCAUCACCAGAAAGUCCACCUCCCUCUCAAUUAUGUUCUCUCUCUCUCUAAGCAUCUAUACAUGCAUUCGUCUGUUGGAGUGCACUUCUGUUGGACAGCUGAAGCCAAAGUAUUCUUCACUGUGGUCCAGGGAGACAAGGAUGUGAAUUUCUACAGUUCUAGGUGAAACCAAGGGAUGUUUUUGGCAAAAAUGGGAACAAUAAAGCAAACCAACAUGACACAGGCACUUGGCUCAAAGGGGUGGCAUUCAAAGAGUACGGUUAACCCCAUACAGUCUAUCCAUGGCACCAGCAUCAUGAUGGACAGCACCAAUAUCCUGGGAGUUCAGGUGAUUCUCAUUACAGCAUAUUCCUUAAUUAUUCUUUUGGGCCUUGUUGGCAAUUCAUUGGUCAUUUACAUGAUUGUAAAAUAUAAAAACAUGAGGACAGUAACAAACUAUUUCAUAGCCAAUUUGGCACUAGCAGAUCUCAUGGUGGACAGUCUGUGCCUGCCUUUUACCUUGGUCUACACGCUGCUGGAUGAGUGGAAAUUUGGCUUAGUACUCUGUCAUCUGUUUCCUUAUGCCCAGGCUAUGAGUGUCAACGUCUCCACUCUCACUUUGAUUGUCAUAGCUUUAGAUAGAUACUGGUGCAUCGUUUUCCACCUCAGUAGUCGGAUUUCCAAGAAGUUUAGUUUCUUAAUUAUCACCAUUACAUGGGUGGCAGCUUCCAUCUUUGCUAUUCCCCUUGCUAUCUUCCGAGAGUAUAGAUUUGAGGAUUUACCAACCAUCAAUCUCACAAUAACUGUAUGUACUGAAAAGUGGCCUUCAAAUAACAGUAGGGAUGCAGCCAUCUACAGCGUGUCAAUGCUUCUUCUGCAAUACAUCCUGCCUCUGGUGGUAAUAUGUUACUGUUAUAUCAGGAUCUGGCUGAAGCUAAAGAAUCAUAUAAGCCCAACACCCAGAAGUGAUACACACCAACGAAGAAAAAACACAACUAAGAUGUUGGUGAUGAUGGUGGUUUUAUUUGCAGUCUGCUGGCUUCCCUUCCAUGUUUUUCAGGUGGCUAUAGACUUUGGCUGCGGCCUUGCUUUUCAAGAGUACAAGCUUCUCUAUUCUAUCUUUCAUGUUAUUGCUAUGUGCUCCACUUUUGCCAACCCACUACUUUAUGGAUGGAUGAAUAAGAACUACAGAAAUGGAUUUCUAUUGUUUUUUGGGUGUAAAGACAAACUUCAAACCAGCCAAAAUGAUGGGUCGCUGCGAGGCCACUCGUAUACCUUCCGUGCCACCACGUAUCAUGGAAGUUUCCGUCAUGCUGGAGAAAAUGGACAGCCGCCAACACAUGUCUAAGUGGUCCUUGUUGAAAUGUGCUGUGUCCAAAAUGCACUCCCUACUUUUAAAUAUUACACAGUAUUUGUAUAUAACAUAGUUUAUGGAAAAGAAACUGGUACUAAGAAAGACAAAAAGUAUAAGUUAUUUUUAACCAAAUAUUGUCAAAUAGGGAUACAGUAUUUAAAUUGUAAAUAUGAGGAUUUCCCUAUAAUUUAAGUAUACCUGAUAUCAAAAUGGCACUAGAACAUAUUUUUGAAACGUAAAAAAUGAAAUGAAUCUUUAUUAUUUGUCUCAGCAAAAAUGUGUAGAGGGCAUAUUUAUAAAGCAAUGAAUUUGACAUUCACUGAACAUUCAUUGGUGAAUCAGGUACUAUAUUAUUAAAGUAAGUGUCAAGUUGUGCCCAGCACACAAUCAUGUAAAUGCAAACACCUCCAGUACAAUAUGGCAGAAGGUAACCAACUCUCUGCAAGAAUACAUCUAACUAAAAUAAUUUUGUUGAAAAAUGUGUGUUUUAUUAAGUGAAAUAGAGCCCUUGUAAAAAAAAAAGUGAAUCUCCCCAAUAAAUGUGUUUUUUUAAAUGCAGCAAAUAAUGUAACAGUGAAUAUUUGGUGAAUGUUCGGUGAAUGUCACAUUUACUUCUUUCUACUGUUUCAAAGGGAUGGAUUAUCAUCACUGGAGCUGGUAGGUUCUCAAAGUAACACCCCUCUGUUAAGGCCACCUCUUCCAUUCAGAGUAUUUUCUUGUUUUACUGGUUCUAAAAUGGUGUAUAACAUUGUAAUAAAAAGUAUAUAGGCUUAUUAAAAAUGAUUGUAUUUGUGCUGAUAAUGGGACAAUAAUUCUCAGCCAGUUACUAAACAGGAAACAUCUGUCUCUUUCUCUCUGUUGCUUAUAUGCGCAUGUGUACUCUACCUAAUUGUAAAUCUGGUCCUGUAUUUACUACAACUCUACAACACACGUAUAAGCACCUUCCUUCUACAGGGUAGUUAGUUUAGGAGCCUUGACUUCUACUUAAAUGUUCCUGCACCGUUUUACCUAAAAUAUCUAUCUAGAAAUUCUUUAUUAAUUAUUUAAUUAGGGGCACACCAACAAUGGUUCAUAAAUAUUAAGCAAUAUGAAUAGAAUGGUGAGCAUACAACAGGCUUAGGAACAGUGUUGGUGCAUAAUGUUCACAAAAUAUAAAUCAAAAAGUAUAUAAACUGUAUUAAUUCAUACCAUAAAAAUACUUACAAAAAGAGAACUCCAUUAAAAACAAAUUACUCUACAUAAGCAGGACCCUAUCUUGUUGGUAAGUAAGUAGACAAGGCUGUCACAAAGAUCUGAGACCAAUGUAUCACAAAAACAUCAUGUAUCAAACAAACACAGAUGUAUACAUAGUAUCCGUAAAUUCAUGAUUAACUUUAAAGUGUUUGUCAAAUGUAAUAGUAUACUAUUACGUAAUAAUUCAAAACAUUAUCACUUAAG